GCAUACCAUCAGCUGUUGUACCGCUGGGUUAGGAUCACCCCACUACCCUGAAAGUUGCCUGUCGCACUAUCCCGUCACACCGAGGAAAACCUACCCUCGGUAACGGGAGAAGUAUUGUUCUCGACAGGAUAUAUACUGUGUCGUUUUUUUCUGUGACUAACCAACUCUACUCUUUAAUUUGUCGGUCCAUUACUCGGUGUUUUCGCCCUCUUUUCGUCUCCAGCGCUCUUCUUUUGGAGGCAAGGGGAAGACUUGGUGUCCUGAGCAACUGGAGUGACUAAACCAAGUUUUUCCCCCUGCAUUGCUAGAGGAAUGAGUAGCUACACGAGCUGAGAGGAGGAAGACACCACAAGCGCAUGACUGAAUAACCGAAAUGGAAUGCAAAAAUCUUAUCAACGAUUUGGGAGAAAAUGGGUUGCCUUCAGAUACAUCCUGUAUUAUGGCACCUGAGGUGAGUCCCUCCAACCCCAAGAAGGAGGACAGUGAUGAGAUUAAAACCCCCGAGAAAACAGAAACACCACUUAAAGCCCACACCCCCACAAAGAUGGACGCCGAGCUGAGGUCACACACACCCACUAAAGGUGACGGCAUCCCCUCAUCUCCCAUGUCUCCAGCAACACCCACACGGAGAACAAGCUCCAGUCCCAGACCCAAUAAAGAGGCGGUGACGUAUGACGACAGACAGAAACAAGCAAAGGAGCGUCGAGAAGAGAAGGCCAAAUAUAUGGCUGCCAAGAAGGCCCAGUGGCUGGAGAAGGAGGAGAAGGCGCGGCAGCUGAGGGACCUGCAGCUGGAGGAGCGGCGCCGGAGGCUAGAGCAGCAGCGGGUCAAGACCGAGAGGAGGAGGUCCGCCCUGGAGGAGAGGCAGAAGCAAAAGCUGGAGAAGAACAAGGAGAAAUAUGAAGCCGCCAUCCAGAGGUCCACCAAGAAGACGUGGGCAGAGAUCCGCCAGCAGAGGGGGUCUUGGGCGGGGGGCCUCCACCGCAGCAGCCAGAGAGAGAGCAGCUGCUCGGCGUCGGCGGUCAACCUCCCCAAACACGUGGACUCAGUCAUAAACAAGAGACUGUCCAAGUCGUCCGCUACGCUCUGGAACUCGCCCAGCCGAAGCCGUAGACGGGAGCUGAGCCCGUGGGAGAGCAGCAUCGUGGACCGGCUGAUGACGCCCACCCUGUCCUUCCUGGCCCGCAGUCGCAGCGCUGCCAGCGUGCUGGGUAACGGCAGAGACUCACAGUCUCCUCUUUGCCCUCGCUCGGCGUCCGCCAGUCCGCUGACCUUGUGCGCCCACCGGCCGCACCACCGCUGCUCCGAACGCUGGAGGGUCACCACCAGCACCCCCGACAUCGCCCAGCGCGUCCCCCGACGCGACUCCACGCCUAUUGAUAAAAGGAAGAAAGAAAAGAAGGACAAAGAGCGUGAGAAUGAGAAAGAGAAAAUCGCCCUGGCCAAAGAGAAGGUGCUGAAGAAGAGGCAGUCUCUACCCGCCAUGAAGAUCAGGAGUGGAGCCAGUCCCAGUCCUCUGUCGCAACGAGCGGCGUCUCCGGCGGCCACGCCCAGAGGCAGGACGGCCUCGCCCAGCCCGGCGCCAUCCCCGCGGGGCUCCUCCGCCCGUGCCAGCCCCUCCACCCCCAAGGCCCGGCCCAAACGGGCCAGCACUCCGGCCCGCAUCAGCACCCCCCGCACAGCCUCCCCCGCCCCCAUCGAGAGGGUCCGAGAGCCCCGCCGGCCUGCCACACCUGAGCCUAAGGGAGCCUCCCCUGUUCCCUCCAUCGUCGUGUCCUCCGCUCCCGUCACGGCACCUCCUCCUCCCGCAACCACCACCUCCGUUGCGUCGUCUGCAGCAGCCGCCGCCACGUCGCCGGAUCCUGGCCGAUCCCAACCGGCUCCCCCCGCCGCUGUCUCGGCAUCGUCGGCAGUCCCGACACCCACUCCAGCUGCGGUGGCCUCCCCGGGCAAGCCCAUGGCGGGCACCAACAAUCCAGAGGAGGCGUCCCGCAUCCUGGCCGAGAAGAGGCGGCAGGCCCGCGAGCAGAGGGAGAGGGAGGAGCAGGAGAAACUCGAGCAGGAUGAGAGAGAGAGGGUGCUACGUGAGGAGCGUGCUGCAAGGGAGGUGGAGGAGAGUAAGCUCAGGGUGGAGGAGUCACGUCUGAUGGCUGAGCAGCAGAAGCUGCGCGACGAGGAGGAGCUUCUCCUUCAGGAGAAGGAGGCGCAGGAGAAAGCACGUGUGGAGCAGGAGGAGAAUGAGAAGCUCCAGAAGCAGAAAGAGGAGGCCGAGGCCAAGGCCAAAGAGGAGGCAGAGCGACAGCGCCUGGAGAGGGAGAAACACUUCCAGAAGGAGGAGCAGGAGAGACUGGAGAGAAAGAAGCGUCUGGAGGAGAUCAUGAAGAGAACACGCAAAACAGACGCCGCUGCAGACAAGAAGGACACCAAGGCGCCCUCACCACCACCGGUUAAUGGCAAAGAGGCCAAACCAGACCUGGAGAGCACCAAAGCUGCAGCUGACUACCAGCCAAUCCCAGAUGUGACUCAGCAGGAGCAGCAGCCCCUGAGCCGCCCCAACGACAGCUCCUCAGUGGUGAAUGGAGUCCAGCCUGCCAAGCACGAGAAUGGCCUGUCAAGCAAGGGAGAAGCCACCCACUUCGAGGAGAUCAUCCAGCUCUCCAAUCACUGCGGAAGCAACGGCAGCGGGCAGGAGAAGUCCGAGAGUGACAUUCCUCACGAGCCAAUCCUGGCCUUUGAGAGUGGGGAGAGCUUCCUGAAGAAGGCGGGCCCUAUGAAGCCUCAGCAUGUUGCAGAGGUGCUGUGAGGAGUGAGAGGCCUCUACGCAGGAUCCUGACACACCCAGUGCCCUCAAACCCCAGCUUGUCAGAGGGACUAUCGGUCUCUCUCACUCUCUUUCUUUAAUGCUCUCUCUCCCGCUCUUUUUCUCCCUCUAACCCUUUCUCUGUCUUUCUCUCUCUCUCUCUCUGUCUUUCUCUCUCUCUCUCUCUUUCUCCUCUCUCUCUCUUUGAGCACACUGUCCUGUGCCAAAUCAAAUCACAUUACUGCUUUUUAAGAUUGUACAAAGAACAGCCACACUUCAUCCUCCCCCACAGACACAAAUGUCUGAGAACCACCACACUCAUCAUUGGCUCUCAACCAACCCCCCCCCCCCCACACACACACACACACACUCAGACAACAGUGGAGGAAGUGAGGGGAGAGAGGUCACCAAGAGUUGCCACGGUCAUUAGCAACUACAGACAACAACUGCAACAGAUAACAUGAAAAUGUACAGACCACCAAUGACGACUACAUUCAUAAGAAGACACAGUGUAGUUGAGAGCUCCUCACGAGACCUGAGCUUGCACCUUAAAACAGACAGUGCCAUCUUCAUUUAGAAAGCAAUGGAAGAAAAAGUGUAAGAUAUUGAGUGGGUGGGUGGGUGGGGGGGGAUAUUUGACAUUCAUAAUGAAAUGCUGUCUGUCUGAUUCUACAGUGCUGUGAGCUGAAGAGAGGGGAACAUUGGUUAUUUCCAUUCAUUUUUUUAUGUUUAGUUAUUUAAGUUGAAAAAAGAAAAUGUAACUAUCGGGUACAGCUGUUUGUGAAUAUUGUAAAUGGAUCUCUGUGCGCAGGACUUAUGAAGAAUGCAGUCCAGGAUUAAAAUGGUCUUUAUAUAGAGAUUGCAGCUUGCAAAGGUUUUAUGAAAGGGAGACUUGGGUCUGCAAUACAUUGUUUUACUAUUCAGAAGGCCUUCACCGGACUAUCAAUGAAAAUGUCUUGUAAUUGGCCAGCAUUGUUACAAUUACACAUUAUCCCUUUUUUGGUAUACAUACUGAAAGCAUGAAUUGAUUCCCAACCCCUUACCAAAUUCAUGAGUUGGAAAAAAAGUGUUGUUUAUUUUUAAAGUGUUUUUGUUACUUUUUUUUUCUUGGUUGUGCACCAACUAGCAAAGGAUUCCAUUUACCCCAUGAUCACAAAGUGCUUUCUGAUGUCCUGUAGCGUACCCCCCCACCCCAAACACACAUUACAGUAUAGCUAAAGGAUCCAUGGUUUGCCACAGUCUUCUCUGAAGCAGACAUGUACCAUGGCUGAUACCUGGGGACAUUUAUGCAGCCUUUUGUUUGAAUAUGCAAACACUGGGAUUGGUCAGAUGGAAUGUAAACUCUCAGAUGGAGGAGUGUGUUUGUAGGCCAAGAAGAAAUCACGGAUGGACUGGGCCUUAAUGAUUCUCUUUAAAUGAGCUUGGCCGGGGCUUUGAAACGGAAUGUAUAACACUGGUCUCCUGGUCUCCUAUCAGAGGGUAGUUUUAUCAGAAAUAUGAAAAUAAAAUGUAAGCAUGACAUGCCAUAGUCUUCACUGAAACCCCACAGAUUCUCAGAUGUAUUUGCAAAAGCAGUGUGUGUGUGUGUAUGCUAUAAAUAUAUUUUGUGUGUCGGAGGGUCCCACUCGAAGUCUAUUAAAGAAAAAAAGAA